AUGGCCGGAGGAACAGCCGGAGCGACAAAGAAGAGGAAGGCAGUGAAUGGGACGACUAAGCAAGUCGUUAAUGCCCAGAAGAAGAAGGGUGGUGAAACAGGUAAGACUUCGAAAGGUGAAACUAGUUUCUUGAACGAAGAAGCAAAAACAUUGUUUGAAACCUGUUUUUGUCAUCGGCCAUUGUUAGUGGAACGAGGUGUUGCACUUGGUGAGUUAGUUAAUACCAAGUGUCCUAAGUUUUUUGAAGGUCGUAAUUGGGAGAACAUCUUUGAUGUUAAGAAGGAUGAUAAGACAUAUAACAAUGCGGUUAGAUUGUUUUAUGCAAAUUUACAUAACUUUGAUAAGGUUGGGCACACUUUGAAAUCUGUAGUUUGGGGGGCAUGCAUUGACCUUCCCCAUUACAUAUUCCAGCUGAUUAUGAAUGCCUAUGAGUUACAGGAUAGUAGGCGAAGUCUUCCAUUUCCUAUUUUGAUUACAAAUAUUGUGAAGUUUUAUGGGGUUGUGAUUGAACUUGGCUAA